AUGUCCUCUCCCAGCGAAGGGGACCCCUCUAAUGGGAAUUUGUCGCCGGACGACUCUAUGACUUUCUCAGCCGCCGCCGACCAACAAGAGAACGAAAGCGACAUCUCCGAGGGCCUGGAUGCCCCCAACAGUCCCCUCGAACACCCUUCUCCCUCCGAGCCCGAAGCCUCAAACGAUGAGGCUAUGAACCACGCAGAUGUCGACCACCACAUGUCAGAAAGCGAAGAAUCAAGCGUAGCUGACGCGUCGGAAGAUGGCGACUUUGAUAUGCAAGCCACCUCGCCUUCCCAGCAUGGUAAUGACGACGAAGACGAUCACGAAGACGAAGAAGACGACGCCACAGCCGGUCGAGCCAGCUCGUCAGACUCGGCUCGAGCACCCAAGCGCAAAGCUCCUGUCGAAGAUGAAUACAUCAAGGCAAAUCCAGAACUUUACGGCCUUCGGAGAAGUUCUCGACCUCGAGAGCAGCGUAAAAUUGUCGAAUCGGAAUCAGAAUCUGACGUUGCGCCAACAAGUCGCCGACAGAAUAAACGUCGCCGGGUUGGAAGCUCUCUCACAUCCUCAAAAAGGGGAACACCCGUUUUGCCACCAUCCACAAACGAUUCCGACUCGGACUCUGAUACAUAUGGCGGAGCUCGCGCAAAAAGUCAGCUGAAAAAAGCUAGAUUACAGCGAGAGAUGCAGCCUGCCUUGGCCCUUGCCGAGAAGCGGUGGUCAAGUCGGCGCGCGGCGCAGCAAGUGCAGCAAGGCGCAUACGAAGAGAGCGAUUUUGAAGAGGAGGACGAGGAAGACGCGGAACUUGCUGCGUCAUACUACGUUGCGGACUAUGUCGACGACUCGCCUUACGUCGAAAAAGUGGUCAAACAUAGGCUCCGAGAUGGACACGAGCUGGCCUACGAUUCGACCCGCAACGACUUUGAAUACUUUAUUAAGUGGCAGGGAAAGUCACACCUGCAUGACACAUGGGAGUCUCUGGAUGCUCUCCGCAACACCCGCGGUUUUCGCAAGGUUGAAAACUACUUUAGAAAAUUUGUUGACCAAGAGCUUGAUAUUCGAUUUGGAGACGAUGUUCCCCCAGAGACAAAAGAGCAGUUCUUCCUUGAUCGUGAGCGAGACGAGGAAGCACUUGAAGAUUACACAAAAGUUGAGCGUGUCGUUGCCGUUCGAGACGGAGAAGAUGGUGACGAAUAUUAUGUCAAAUGGAAGGGGCUCACCUACGAAGAAUGCACUUGGGAGUCUGCAUCGGAAAUCAGUCCUUUGUUCCAGGACAAGAUUGACCAGUUCCUUGAUCGAUCCUCAAGAUCCUGGCUGUCUGACCGAAAAGAGACGAAUCCAGACACCCGAUCCAAGAUGACCAAGCUGGAGAAACAGCCCGAGUUUAUUGUUGGUGGUGAGCUUCGUGAAUUCCAGCUCAAGGGACUUAACUUUCUGUGCCUGAACUGGACUCGCAGCAACAACGUUAUUCUUGCCGAUGAAAUGGGUCUGGGUAAGACGGUGCAGACAGUCUCGUUCCUCAGCUGGCUGCGCAAUGCUAGACGCCAGGAAGGGCCAUCCCUUGUCGUUGCUCCGCUUAGCGUUAUCCCUGCUUGGUGCGACACAUUUAACAACUGGUCACCAGACAUCAACUACGUGGUUUACCUCGGACCAGAGGAUGCCCGAAGCAUCAUCCGAGAGAACGAGCUCCUUGUGGGAGGCAAUCCAAAGAAGCCAAAGUUCAACGUCCUGGUUACUUCUUACGAAUUUAUUCUGCAAGACUGGCAAUUCCUUCAAUCCAUCAAGUGGCAGGUUUUGGCUGUCGACGAGGCGCACCGUCUCAAGAAUAGCGAGUCUCAGUUAUAUCAGCGCCUAGUGAGCUUCGGCAUACCUUGCAAAGUUCUCAUUACUGGAACACCCAUCCAGAAUAACCUAGCGGAGCUUUCUGCCCUUCUUGACUUUUUAAAUCCCGGAAAAGUCAGCAUCGAUGAGGACUUGGAUUCACUUUCCGCAGCUGAUGCCCAAGAGAAGCUACAAGAGUUGCAUCGCUCCAUUGCCCCCUAUAUCCUGCGACGUACAAAGGAAACAGUUGAAUCUGAUCUGCCGCCCAAGACGGAGAAGAUUAUCCGAGUUGAGCUGUCAGAUGUACAGCUAGACUAUUACAAGAACAUCCUCACGAGAAACUACUCAGCACUAUGCGAUGCCACCAAUGGUCACAAGAAUUCUCUUUUGAACAUCAUGAUGGAGCUGAAGAAGGUCAGCAACCAUCCGUACAUGUUUCCCGGGGCUGAAGAGAGAGUUUUGGCUGGCAGCGUGCGGCGCGAGGACCAAAUCAAAGGAUUGAUUGCUAGCAGCGGCAAAAUGAUGUUGCUCGACCAACUCCUGUCCAAGUUGAAAAAGGACGGACACAGAGUUUUGAUCUUUAGCCAGAUGGUCAAAAUGCUAGACAUUCUAGGCGACUACCUGUCUCUAAGAGGCUACAAGUUCCAGAGACUUGAUGGUACCAUUGCAGCCGGCCCGCGACGCAUGGCAAUCAACCACUUCAAUGCAGAGGAUAGCGAGGACUUCUGUUUCUUGCUUUCCACUCGUGCGGGCGGUCUUGGCAUCAAUUUGAUGACUGCAGAUACUGUCAUCAUUUUCGACUCUGAUUGGAACCCUCAAGCAGAUUUGCAAGCCAUGGCCCGAGCUCAUCGCAUUGGACAGAAACGACCAGUCAAUAUUUACCGUCUCGUUUCCAAAGAGACAGUUGAGGAAGAAGUUUUGGAGCGUGCGCGCAACAAGCUUCUCCUAGAGUAUCUGACCAUACAGGCUGGCGUUACCGAUGAUGGCAAAGCCAAGUUCAAGGAAGAGCUUAACAAGAAGGGUCUCAAGAUUGAUGGCCCUUCUACGUCUGAAGAUAUUCAAAUGGUUCUGAAGAUGCGCUCAUCCAAAAUGUUUGAACAGAGCGGUAACCAAGAGCGACUGGAGCAGCUCGAUAUUGAUUCUAUCCUCGAAAAUGCUGAAGUCACCAAGACCAAGGUCGAUGACAAGAUCAACCUAAGCAGCGGUGGCAUUGACUGGGAUAACUUUAUGCAGAUCACUGAUGUUAAAGUAGAUGACAUCAACCUUGACUGGGAUCAGAUCAUUCCGGCAGAUAAACUCGCCGAGAUUAAGGCUGAAGAGGAAAAGAAGCAGCAUGAAGAUUAUCUUGCUAAGAUUGCGGCCGAGAGCGCACCUCGAAGGGCAACCAUCAAGAGUCGUAACAAAGAAACAGACCGUGCCGACCGCCUUAAGAAACGCCAGAGAGAACAACAACAAGAAGAGGAAGAACAGCGCGCCUUGAUGAGAGACCCCAAGCGCCCGCUGAAUGACAAAGAACAGCGAAAUUUGAUCAAGGCCUACUUUCGAUUCGGUUCUAUGGAACAUCGCAGCGUCGACAUCAUUCAGGAAGCCAAGCUUGAAGAGAGAGAUCCUGACUUUGUCAAGUCGGUUCUCGACGAUUUUAUCAAGGCUGCCCAGCAGGCUGUAGAUGACAACAGCGCUAAACUUGCUGAAGAAGAGAAGAAGAUUGGCAAGAUGCUGACAAAGAAGGACAAGAAGGCAGUUCUGAUUGACUUUGGCGAGCUGAAGAAGGUCAAUGCUGAGACAGCAAUUGAGCGGCCCAAGCAGUUGCAACUUCUUCGCCAAGUGAUUCGCGGCCACACAGAUUGGAAAACCUUUAGGGUGCCCGACGCCACCAAGGCCGCUAACUAUAGCUGCCCCUGGGGAGCGAAGGAGGAUGCCAUGCUUCUUGUUGGUAUUGACAAGCACGGAUUUGGCGCAUGGGCUCAAAUCCGUGACGAUUCCGACUUGGAAAUGCAGGAGAAGCUUUUCUUGGAAGAACACCGAGUGGGCAAGAAGGAGGAAAGAUCAAAAGGUAACGACAAGCUCAAGGCCCCUGGCGCGGUGCAUCUGGUACGCCGAUCUGAAUACCUUCUUUCUGUAUUACAAUCAAAACACUCGAAUGAUCGAUUGGCCCAGAAGGCUGUGGAGAAUCACCACCGCAACAACAAGAAGCUGCAUUCGGUUAACGGCCAUCGCACUAGCAAUUCUUCAGCUGCUACCACAAGCAUCAAACGACAGCGUGAGAGGGAUCACGGUUCAUCUGAGCAGCGACCUCGCAACUCUGGAGAGGAUGGUGGGCUGGCCAGACCCGAUUUCAAACGGAAGUACCCAUCUCACGAAGACAGUCGCAGCCCCAAGCAGCGCCGCUCUGAUGAUCCUCGUCGGUCAAGUAAGCUUGGGGAUGAACAUCGCGAUAGAAUAGAGAAGCGACGGUCCCGUGAUGAUGAUGAUCGCCGCCAUGAUAGAUACCGACGCGAUGACUAUCGUCGUGACGACUAUCGCCGGGACGACAGGCGUGAUGACUACCGUCGGGAUGACCGUCGCGACGACCGCCGUGAUCGCGACAGGGAACGUGAUCGUGACCACCACCGUGAUCGAGACCGCGAACACCACCGUGAUCGGGAUCGAGACCACCAUCACGACCGGGAUCGCGACCACAAUCGCUCUGACCGGGAUCGCGACCAUAAAGCCCGGCCUGUGGAUGAGCGUAGAGAGAAGGCACUCCGAAGGCUGGAUGAGCUAAGGCGCAUCGGCGAUGAUAAAGACCAAAGGGCCAUGGACAAUGAUGCGAUGAUUUGGUUCCUUCUGAAGCCAGUGAGACAGAACUUUGAGAGAAUUCUCUCAACAACUAAAGACAACGUCAAGUCGAGCAAGGAGCGCGCGAACAUAUUCAAAGUCGAACUGGUAGCAAUAGGAUCAUUCCUUGAUGAUAAGCUGCCAGCAACUGCAGCAGAUGAUCGCCUUAAAAACAACUUUUGGGAUUUCUUGGCAGCUCUCUGGCCGGUCGAUGAUACCAGUAAGAGGGUCACAGGUGACCGAUUGAGCACCAUGUAUCGUACGCUUCAUUCUCGCAACGUGGCGGAGGGUUCUAAAUCUAGUGCUGCGAAUGUUAAUGGUACAAAUGCUGCCCAUUGA